CUUAAGUGCUCUUCCCAAAGAAGAGAACUACUGAAGUGAACUUGUGAGUUUGUGUGGAUCCUAAAUUAUUUCAAAAUAAUCCUCGUCCAAAGCAGCACACACAUGAGUUUUGAUCCGUAAUAACUGCUGAAUGCUGAGCCUUUCCUUUACGAACAUCUUUCAGGAUAGUUUUACACACUUCAAAGACUGAUAACUUCACAGCAGAAUGAGUUUGGCGGAGAUCAAUGAGAAUGUGAAGCUGGCCAGAGAAUACGCCCUGCUGGGGAACUACAGCUCUGCGGUGGUCUGUUAUCAGGGGGUCCUGGAGCAGAUCAGAAAAUACCUCUACUCGGUCAGAGACUCCUCUCUACAGCAGAAAUGGCAGCAGGUUUGGCAGGAGAUAAAUGAGGAAACUAAGCAAGUUCGGGAGAUCAUGGCAACACUUGAGAGCUUCCAGCUGGAGUCGACCCCAUCCAAACCCAGCAGCUUUGGCCUGGAGAAUGACAUUAUGCCUGUUCACGUGGAGCACAGGCCGUCUCCAUGUGUAGUGCGGAAAACCUCCGGCCCGCAUAAAGAAAGCAAAGGCCACGGGAACCGAUUGAGCGCUGGCCCCCGCAACCAACCACGACCCUCACCUCGUGUUGCCAACGGUGACAAGGGAAAACCUCAGAAAGGCAAAGAAAAGAAGCCAAAAGAUGAUAAGAACAAAGCAGAGGGUGUGGAGAUGGAGGUGAAGAGGUUUGACAGAGGAGGAGAGGACAAAGAUCUGAUUGAAACUCUGGAGAGAGACAUCAUCUCCCAAAACCCCAAUGUCACAUGGGAUGACAUUGCUGACCUUGUGGAGGCCAAGAAGCUUUUGAAGGAAGCCGUGGUUCUGCCCAUGUGGAUGCCUGAGUUCUUUAAAGGCAUAAGACGCCCAUGGAAGGGAGUGUUGAUGGUGGGGCCACCAGGCACAGGAAAGACUUUGCUGGCCAAAGCUGUCGCCACUGAGUGCCGAACCACCUUCUUUAACGUGUCCUCCUCCACCCUCACCUCCAAAUACAGAGGAGAGUCUGAAAAACUUGUGCGGCUGCUAUUUGAAAUGGCACGCUUUUAUGCCCCCACCACCAUCUUCAUUGAUGAGAUAGACUCCAUAUGUAGCCGUAGAGGAAACUCUGAAGAACAUGAAGCCAGCAGACGUGUCAAAGCUGAACUGCUCGUCCAGAUGGAUGGUGUUGGUGGGACGUCUGAAAAUGACCCUUCAAAAAUGGUCAUGGUUCUGGCAGCCACCAACUUCCCAUGGGACAUCGAUGAAGCUCUGAGACGCAGACUAGAGAAGAGAAUUUACAUCCCACUGCCCUCAGCUAAAGGAAGAGUGGAGUUACUCAAGAUCAGUCUGAAGGAGCUGGAGCUGGCCAAUGAUGUCAACAUGGACAAGAUCGCUGAGCAGAUGGAGGGAUACUCUGGUGCUGACAUCACCAACGUUUGCAGAGAUGCAUCCCUAAUGGCAAUGAGAAGGCGGAUUGAGGGUUUGAGCCCUGAGGAGAUACGAAACUUGUCAAAAGAUGAGAUGCACAUGCCCACCACAAUGGAGGACUUUGAGACGGCACUGACGAAAGUGUCCAAGUCUGUAUCUGCUGCUGACCUAGAAAAAUAUGACAAGUGGAUAGCGGAGUUUGGCUCCUGCUGAUGAUCCCAAAGAACCUUGAUUGUUCCUCCUUACAGUCGUUGUUAGCACUUUGAAAGACUUGAGUGCCAGAUUCACUAAAUCUCAAAGCAUUUCCACCCUGAACCAAACUGAAUUCAAAGGGUGACAAGUCUUGCCUUACAUGAGGUAUGUAUGAGAGUACAGAUUCAUAGUAAUAGUUUAAUUAAUUUAAUAGUAGUAGAAUUGGUUUUACAUCUACAGAAGCUGGAUACAGGUUAAGUUUUCUCCUUAAAAUGAAUUUGUAAGGAUGAAGACUGCACUAAUUAUCCAGUAAAUCCAGAAUGCUGGAGUCUGAAAAACUAGUUUUGGUGCCCUUAUAACAAACAGCCCCAUGUGUUGCCUUACUGUAGUGUGUACAGACAAUUACUGAGGUUGUGGACAUAGGAAUGGGCUGCUUGUUUUGUCUUGUAAAAUCACUGCCAAUGACCAAAGACCAGCAAAUCCUCUUCUCUGUUGUCUCCAAAUGCUACUUGAGGUGAAAAGCUAUGCAAGCUAAUUGGUUUACUGCACUUGUGCCACUGUGGUUGAUCUAAAGGCCAAAGUUUCCAGCAUUGGACAAUUGUCUUAAUAGUGUCUAGCACUUGACUUUUAUAAACACGAUAGAACCGGUUACUGGUUUCUUUUCAUUAGUGACAUUCCAUUGCCAUGAUCAAUUUGUAAAAUUAUAUAUUUUGUUGAAUAAAUUUUUUUUUUUAUUUGAAAAAGACUCACUAAGACAAACUCAUUUGUGCAGGAUUUACUCAUGUAACAAACUGUGAAGAAAAACAAGUCAUAACAUGCAUCCGAAUGACAGAAAACUACUGAUUUCAUUAACAGACAAUGACAGGGCAACAAUGAAUUGUAAGCACCCUGUUGAAGGGUUUAAAACGUUGAAGUACAAUGCUUGAAAUGAAUGAAAUAUUGUAAUGAGGAAUACGUUGACAGAUUGCUCAGGCCAAAGUAUACAAGUCUUCAGUCAUCUAAAGCAGGUCGAAGUUGAAAUGUAUUGCUGGCAUACAUGCUUAGCGUAACAGGCAAUAUCUGAAGCAACAUGAAUAUUAACGUUAAACAACAUUAAGCAACAUAGUUUCAUACAGACCAUUUAAAAAGACCCCCAAUGAGAAAUAAGAAAUAAUCCAUUUAAAUAAAAUGGACAGUUGAAAAGAAUUUUUGAUGGUUCUUUACAUUAACUUUAAUGAAUUAUUUGUCCAUUUUAGUGCUAUACCCUUUAGUUGUUAGUAAUGAUACAAUGUCAUUUCCAUACAAGAGGCAAUAUCAAUUCCUAGUAUUAGCAUAAAACAUCCACUGUAGUGGGGAAUAGGCAGGGACAUUUCAGGGACUGUGCUUAUUUAAAUUUGUGCACCUUAACCAUUCCACCUCACAAUGUAGGGAAAAAUACAAAUAAUAAUUUGCUAAUUAUGCUGUUAAACAGACGCAGAUGUGAAAAUAGAAAUCGGUUUCAUUAGGAAAUGUUGGGGAAUAUUUUUUUCUUUUAAAGUGCUACAUUGAAA